GUGAUUUGCGCUCCCGCCCGCCUCUCAUCCCUUUCUCCCCGCUGCCCUCUCACGAGCUCUGAAAAUGGUUCGGUACUCGUUGGACCCAGAGAAUCCCACCAAGUCAUGCAAGGCAAGGGGUUCCAAUUUGCGAGUGCAUUUUAAGAAUACUCGUGAGACUGCGCAGACCAUCAAAGGUAUGCACAUACGCAAGGCAACAAAGUUCCUGAAGGAUGUUAUCAUCAAGAGGCAAUGUGUUCCUUUCCGCCGCUACAAUGGAGGAGUUGGCAGGUGUGCCCAGGCGAAGGCAUGGGGCUGGACACAGGGUCGUUGGCCUAAAAAGAGUGCUGAGUUCCUUCUGCAUAUGCUGAAGAAUGCAGAGAGUAACGCCGAACUGAAGGGUCUGGAUGUGGAUUCGCUUGUGAUUGAGCACAUUCAAGUGAACAAGGCUCCCAAAAUGCGCCGACGGACUUACCGUGCCCAUGGUCGUAUUAACCCAUACAUGAGCUCCCCUUGCCAUAUAGAGAUGAUCCUCACUGAAAAGGAGCAGAUUGUUCCAAAACCAGAGGAAGAGGUUGUUCAGAAGAAAAAGGUUUCCCAGAAAAAGCUGAAGAAACAAAAACUCAUGGCACGGGAUUAGAUUUUACUGAUUGAACUGUAAAUACAAUAAAACUUUGGGAACCAUGA